AUGCAAAAAAAAUUGUCAAGAGGAAAAUCUGUUGAAUAUAUUUCUUCAUAUAAAAAUACACCUAUAUCAGCAUUAACAUGGAAAGAUAACAAGCCUGUAACAUUAUUGUCAACUUAUGCUGGAAAAUUACCUGAAACUAUAGUAAAAAGAUUCAAUCGCUCUACAAAAAGUAAAAUUGAGGUAGCUUGUCCAUUUGUUGUAACUGAAUACAAUCGCCAUAUGGGGGGAGAAGAUUUAUUAGAUUCACUCAUAGGGAGGUACAAAAUAAAAAUGCGUUCCAGAAAGUGGUAUAUUCAUUUGUUCUACCAUUUCAUUGAUUUGACAGUUGUAAAUUCAUGGUUAUUAUAUAAGAGGGUCAAAGAAGAACAGAAUUUACCUGUGCAGUUUGAGCUAGCUGACUGGAGAAAGAAUAUAGCAUACUCAUUAACAAAAUCAGGAGAUUUCAAGAAUCAAAGAGGACGUCGUUCUAUAUCUAUAGAAACUAAAAGGGCUUCGACAAGGGCUUUGGCUAUGCACUCAACUCGGGCAGUUAGAACUGAUGGUGUUGGACAUUCUCAAAUAAGGGCUGAUAAACGAGGAAGAUGUAAAUUCCCAAAAUGUAAUGGAUACACCUGGAUACAGUGUAACAAAUGUAAUAUUCUUUUAUGCAACUCAAAGACUAAAACAUGUUUUAAUAGAUUUCAUGAUGAAUAA